UUUACCGCCAAAGGAAACUCAAACUCAAGGGUGAGUCUCCUUUUUCGUCCAAAAGUUUAUAAAGUGUCCAAAAGGAUAAGAGAAAUUGAGUAAGGGAGCUAGCUAGUUAGCUAACUAGUUAGCUAGCUGGGUUAAGGGAGAUGAUUGUCCAAGACUCAUCACUCCUAAGGGACUACGAGUUGUGUGUUGUCAUAGUAUAGUUAAAAAAGAAUAGUGCAAAUUUCGAUUGUCUCUUUACUUUGUUUUUUAUUUCUCUCUGUUUCUCACGCUUUCCAAUCUGAUAAACUAACUGACGUGGAUCGAAUAUCUCUUGAUAAUCAUCAAAUCUUUGCUCUCUCCAAUACAAUCACUUUUGUUUCGAUUUCGACUUUUCCUUUUCCAUCCUUGUUGAUUCACAUCUUUGUAUAUGUACAUAUGUAUGUAACACUUUCUAUUCUACAUCUGUCUAGAUAAAAGUGAUAAAAACAGAAUCAUUUUUUAAAUGAAUUUAUUUUUAACACUUAUAUUAAAGUUAACUAGAUUUAGCAAUUUUGUUGUACAACCAUAUUUAAACAAACAUGUAUUAUUUUGUCAUAAUUCUCUGUCUCUAAAAUACAUUUGCUGACAUCGCACACGCCAGUCUAGUUCUAUGAUGCACACCAAUAUGGUCUGUUCUGGUAGACUGUGUCAAAGAGAAUUUUGCUGGUAAAGCAGUUAUAGACAGGAUAAGUCCAUAUGUGAAUGGGACAUAUAUGGUCUGGGUGGACAGUGGAAACAAUGUUGAUAUGGAGAUUGAUGAUACACUGUUGCAAAACAUAUCAUCAUGCGUUCAAGAACGCUAUUUCAAUGCUUCUGUUGAUGUAUUUUCUCACAAUGAUUAUGCCAUGUUUUCUUCUCAUGACUUACCAAGCGAAAUAAAGGAUCACUACGAUUAUUUUGGGCAUGGCUACCCGGAAUCUUACGGCCCAUCACACCCAGAGUCUGACUACGGCCCUGAUGAUAUGAGCAGUUAUUUCAGACGCGCAAAGGUGCCAAACAAUUUUGGCAACCCAUAUACGAUAGGGACACUUGUUUCUAAUCUUCGUGAACAAGCGAAAAUUUCAACAAUGUAUCCUUUGUUAUUAAACAAUUUUGUUGUUUGUACACUGAGUGAAUAUUGUCCCUGUUGAAAUUCAUACGUGAGGAUAUUCAAUCAUCUAAAUCACUAUAAAAUGCUACAAUGCAAAAAAACCGCUUUUAUACGUUUUCAUUCAACUAUUUUUCUUUAGCCUAUCCAUAAAUGAUACACAACAUUCAUCAUCGAUUCCAAAGUUGUGUUUGUUUUUCUUUUCUUUUAGAGAAUAAACCACUGUACGGAAAGGGGAUAAAUCCUCCUUUGUAUCUCGUUGACUAUCCCUAUUUGAUUUGCCCUCAUUAUCGGUUUCCAAGAAUUUAAGCAAUGCGACUGAUAUUAUAAUAGACCCUAUAUUUCUAUGGAAUUGCUUUCAACAAAUUUACUAAAUAUUCUUGCGUAUCUCGUGAAUUCUAUUCUAUUCUAUUCUAUUCUAUUCUAUUCUAUUCUAUUCUAUUCUAUUCUAUUCUAUUCUAAGAAUGCACUUCACAAUUCGCUGACGAGAAAAUGCCUUUUCUUGCUUCUAUUCUUUCCAUCAAUACUUUUUCUUUAAAAAUGAGGUUUAUCUUAUGUUACUAAACAUUCCCUACGAGGAUUCCGUGUGUUUGUUCUUUCACUUUAUGAAGU